AUGUGUUUGCUCAAAGAAGAAGGUAUGGAUAAAAUCAAUGUCUUCAUUUGUUAUGGAGGCAAGUGGACACAAGAUAAUGAGUACACAAGUGACAAAAUGACUGGAAUUGUUGUCUCGAUGGAUUGCACGUACAACCGCCUUGAGUGCAUGAUAUGUUCUGUGAUGAAAAGAAAGGAUAAAGAUCUUGCAAGCUUUCCAUUGUGCAUAGAUGUGACAACGGUAUCAAAAAGUCACGAAACUGAAUUUGUUAAUAAUAUACAACGUUUGGAGGCUGUCAAUUAUGAAAAAAAUGAUAUGCUACAAUUGCAAUUUUGUGAAGCUGUAACUGAUAAUUCUGUGACAUCAGCUCAAAAAUUACCUAGUAUGGAAGAAAUUGCGAUUGAUGUAUACAAUAGUAUGUCGGAAGUUGGAGAAACAACGAAUGAAGGAGGAAGUGAUAUCAUUUCAAUGGUCACUAUGGAUGGAAUUUCAAAAGAUAAGGUGUUCAAGAACAAGACAUUGGUUAAGAGAAGUAUUUCGAUAUAUGCGAUACACAAUAACUUUCAAUUCAAGGUAAGUAAGUCGGACAAGAAAGAGUACGUGUUGAAAUGUAUUGAUGAUAAGUGUAAAUGGACUUUUAGAGCUUCAAAACUUGGUGGAACCGAUAUGUUCAAGGUAAGGUAUAUAAAAAAUGUCCAUAUAUGCUCAAAUAACAUCAUUUUGGGAGAUCAUCGUCAAGCAACUAGCUCAAUAGUAGGAGAAUUCAUCAUGUACAAGUAUAUCUCAACAAAAACAACAUACACUCCUGCAGACAUUAUAAGUGACAUGAUGAAUACCUAUGGAGUGUCGAUGAGCUAUGAGAAAGCUUGGAGAUCUAAGGAGAAAGCAUUGGAAUUAGUGAGAGGAGAUCCUACAGAGUCAUAUGAAAAGCUUCCAGAAUACUUGUACAUGAUAGAACAAACAAAUCCUGGAUCAUUUACAAAAAUUGAGACAUAUCAGGACAACAAAUUCAAGUACCUCUUCAUGGCAUUAGGAGCAUCUAUUCAAGGGUGGAAGUAUUGUAGACCAGUUAUAGUAAUAGAUGCUACAUUCUUAAAAGAAACCAAUGAUUCUUGGGAGUGGUUCUUAAGUAUGUUAAAAGAAGCAUAUGGUGAGCGAGAAGGUUUGUGUAUAAUCUCAGAUGGACAUGCAAGCAUAAAAAAUGCAAUUCACAAAGUGUAUGAGAAUGCAAUGCACGGAUUAUGUUCCUAUUACUUACUAAAGAACUUGAAGUCUUCUUUUGGUGGGAAAAAAAGGGGAAAGAAUAUUGCAGAACAUUUCAAUAGGGCUGUAAGAGCAUAUUCUAAGACUGAUUUUGAGUUCCAUAUGAAACAACUUGAUGAAAUCAAUACAGGAAUUCGAUCACAUUUGAAAGAUAUUGGUUAUGAGAAAUGGUAG